AUGGCCGAAGGACUAGCAGAAGGAAGCCACCUACCAGGCCCAAGGAUAUCUCGAGUCUACGGCGAAUGGGCAAACGGCGGAUGGGGUGCUCUUCUCACUGGAAACGUACAGGUCGAUGUUCGUCACCUAGGAGGCAAUGGCGAUCUAGCCACGAGUGAGUCUCAUGAAAACGAUCACCAUUCAAUGGAUACAUGGAGGCUAUACGCAGAAAGCUGUCAAAAACACGGCACCCCUGCCAUCGCUCAAAUAUGCCAUCCAGGCCGGCAGUCGCCGAGAGGGGCCGGAGAACGAGGCUUCUUCGAAAGAACGAUCGCUCCAAGCGAAGUGCCACUUGAUGUAGGAAGUGGUUGGGUCGCGAAUGCUAUCAGGGAUCUUAUUUUCGGGGUCCCAAAGGCAAUGUCGCGCUCUGAUAUAGACCGUGUGAUUGCCCAGUUUGUAACAUGUGCUCGCAUUCUCGCUCGUUGUGGCUUUUCUGGAAUCGAGAUUCACGCGGCGCAUGGUUACCUUUUGUCGCAAUUUCUCUCACCCCGAAGCAACAUCCGUCAAGAUGAAUAUGGCGGCAGCGCAGAGCGGCGAGCGCGUAUUGUCCUCGAGAUCAUCCAACAAAUUCGAAAUGCCGUUCCUGCAACCUUUUGCAUCGGGAUCAAGUUGAACUCCGCUGAUCUUAACACAUCAGAAUGUGAAGACACAAUGACUCAAAUUCGUCUUUUCGCAGACGCCGGUAUCGAUUUCCUUGAAAUAUCUGGUGGAUCAUAUGAAGACCCAACUAUGAUGGGCCGCGGUGUCCGCGACGAAUCCAGCCGCGGCAAAAGCCAAAGUACCGAAUCCCGCGAAGCCUUCUUCCUAGACUUCGCAAGACAGACAAGAAAGCAGUUCCCAAACUUGAUUCUCCUUCUCACUGGAGGAUUCCGGAGCCGGAAAGGAAUCGAGGGCGCGCUGACUAGCGGCGCAUGCGAUCUGGUCGGCAUCGGCCGUCCAGCAGUGCUGAAGCCAGAUUUCCCGCGGCUCAUGAUGGACGAUAUGUACACUGAUCAAGAAGCGCGGGUGGUAUUCUCCAAAGUGCAAGUACCUUUCUUGGCGAGCCUACUCAAAAUGCGCAUGUUAGGUGGAGGGGCAGAGACGCGGUAUUUCCGGGACCAGAUCCAGCGUAUAGCUACGGGCUUACUUCCGUAUGCGCCAUGA